AUGAGUUCGGAGCAGCUGGUGGACGGAAGUGAUGACGAGCUGUUGCAACAGCACAAGCCGCACCAGCACCAUCUCCACGAACAUCGGGCUCCUGUUGAGGACAUGCAGGUCGAAGAUGAAGCUUCAGGGAGCGUCAUCCGGUCUGCGCGGCCUCAAUCGAGAUCCACAUCCAGACCGAGAUCAUUGACUUCGGAGCGGAAGCAAGGCGGUAGGGAGGCCCGAUUGCCCUUGGGCAUAGGAAGACGGACUUUGGGAAUCAUAUUACUUUUGAUUGUGGUUGUUCUGUGGACAGUGUCAAACUUUUUGGCCAGUACCAUAUUUUCGGACAAUACUUACUCCAAGCCAUUCUUCCUCACAUACGUGAACACCACCUUUUUCAUCUUCCCCCUCCUCUUCAUCCUUGGACUCAGGCUUUUCCGCAUGUGGAGGGCCGGGCAGCUGUCCAAAGCCACCACGUUCCGAACGCUUCUCGAGCAGUUGGAUUCUCACGAGGUUGCGCACGAAUAUAGUCCCUUUCCAGCUUCGGAUGACGAUGUCCAUGAGCCGGGGGAUUCUGAACGAGGUGAUUCUGAGCGAGGGGACAGAUAUCGGCGGUUGCGCGCUGAAGAAGAAGAAGAAGAAGCAGGUGAUGAUGAUACUGGGCUGGUUGACGGCGAUGAUAAGGUGAACACUUUGUCAGAGAGAUUGGGUUUCAAGGCUACGGCCAAGCUGAGUUUGGAGUUCUGUUUGGUGUGGGCGAAUUAUUUUGCCGCAGCCUGUCUCCAAUUCACAACCGUCGGAAGCACGACGAUAUUAACUUCCACAAGUGGCGUCUGGACCUUGAUACUCGGUGCUGUACUUGGCGUUGAGAAAUUUACCAUCCGCAAACUCCUGGGAGUUUUGGCUUCCCUAACCGGAAUCAUCCUAAUAUCACGGGUUGACCUAUCCGGCGAAAACAAUGAUGAGAACCGCGGCUCUUUCCCGCACAAGUCGGCUGGUGAGAUUGCCAUUGGUGACGCCAUGGCCGCUUUCAGCGCGAUUUUGUACGGCGUGUAUACGAUCGUGAUGAAGAAACAAGUGGGAGAUGAAAGCAGAGUUAACAUGCCUCUGUUUUUCGGCUUGGUGGGAUUCAUCAAUACUUUCCUGCUGUGGCCCUGCAUGAUCGUGCUUCACCUGACAGGCUGGGAGACAUUUGAAUUGCCUCCUACACGACGUAUUUUGUUGAUUGUCAUUGUCAAUUCCCUCACCUCUCUUGUCUCCGAUAUUCUCUGGGCAUAUGCUAUGCUCCUAACAACACCGUUGGUGGUCACUGUUGGCCUCAGUCUGACCAUCCCUCUCUCGCUCGUUGCCCAGAUUGUCAUCCAGGGGCAGUACUCGAGCGCGCUGUACUGGCUUGGUGCGGCGAUUGUGUUCUUUUCUUUCUUGGUUGUUAAUCACGAGGGCAAGGGCGAAUGA